ACGAAACAGUUUUUUUUUUCGGGCCUCAAUAAUGUCAAAAUUUUAGCCACAACAAUUUCUUAGACUAGACAAAAUUUUAUUAUUUUCGUUAUUUGCGGCAUCAAAAUUUAAAUAAGGCCUGCAGCAUGUCUUUUAAUAGGUUUACAUCCAUUUAUGUCCGUAAGUCCGUUUUGAGAAGCAUUUUUCUGCUUACGGGCUAUUUGGAUCGAAUGCGUUUGCCGAGGACUUCGAUAAAGUUCAUGCAACGAGUGAGCUUUUGUAAAAAAUCGGAUUCUUCGGAUUCCUCUGAAGACAAGCCAAAUCCUUGUGAAUACUACACGAAAUUAUUGGAUAAAAAGAGAGAAGAAAAGGAGAAGCUAGAAGCGGCCUGCAAGAAACUGAGAGAAAAGGAAAAACUUCAGAAAUAUGAGGAAAAAUGUAUGAAAAGUCAAAAGAAACUUCUGGAUGACGCGAUGCAAUGCAUGGACCAGAAGGAAAAAAAAUUAAUGGAAAGCAUGAUGGAAUGUUUGACACGAGGCAUGAAAAAGGCGUGUAAAAAACUAGCCCAUAAGAAGCUUUGUAAUGAUAAAGAACUUGAACAAAAAUUUGCGAUGAUGGCUAAAAAUGAUAAGAUCAAAAAAUUAUUGAGGCAUUGCGAGAAAAAAAAAUCUGCUGAGAAGGACUCAAAAAAAUCAAAGGAGCUUAAAUCGAAGAAAGGGAGAAAGGGAAGUAAGGGAGGUACCGUAAGAAAAGACGGUAAAGGAAGCCAAAAAGAGAAAGAUCAAAGCCAGCAAAAAGAAACAUCGAAAAAUAAGUCAAAAACUGAGAAGGUGAAAGAAAAAGUAAAGGAUCAAAUAAGUAAGGAAAAGUCUAAAAAACAAAACGUAGGUGAUGAAUUAGAACAAAGCGAUCCAAUAGAAUCUAUAUGCUGUAAAUUGGCAAAUAAGGAGAAUCCGUUUGAAAAAUCCGAUGGGCCUAAAAAUCAAUUUACUAUGAAAUUAGAUAAAUGUAUUCAAAAAGAGUGGGAAGAUAUCUGUCAGUGUCGGAGUGCGCUAAGCAAGAGUGAAAAGAUGCAGCUAGCCCGUUCUCACAAAUGCAUGUCGGAGCUUGUUAAAGAAAAAUGCAGAAGGAAAGUGUUGACAGAAAUGUGCGCGGAAAGUGUAACAGUAAAGCCUAAAAAUAGAAAGGACGUACAUCCAAAGCAAGGGAGUAAUGAAUCGGAAGGAACGAAUGCUGAUGAGGACGAAUGUGAAAAGAUUCAACAACGGAAGGCGUUAGAAGAGGAGGCGAUGAAAUUAAAAAACGAGGAGGACGCUUUUAUUAAAUGUGAAAUGGAAAAAGUUAAGAAAAAGUGCAUGGAAGAGGCUCUUAAGAAACAGUGUGAAGAGGAGGCCCUUAAGAAAAAAUGUGAGGAGGCAGCUUUAAGCAAGAAGUGUGCAGAGGCGGCUAACAAGACAAAGCAAGAAGAGGAGGCUCAAAAUAAGAAGCAAGAAGAUCCCCAAAAGAAGGGACAAGAGGAGGCCCAAAAGAAGGAGCAAGGGGAGGCCCAAAAGAAAAAAUGCGAGGAGGAGGCUUUGAAGAAAAAGUGCGAAGGAGAGAAAGAAGAACAGGAGAAAGAAGCUCUUAAGACAAAGUGUAAGGAGGCGGCUCUUAGAAAACUGUGCGCGUUGAAGAAAAUACGAGACGAAGCUUUACAGAAACAACAAGAGGCCCAACAGAAAAAGGCGGAAGAGGAUGCUCUAAGGAAAAGGUGUCAAAUGAAAAAAAUUCAAGACGCCGCUGAAAAGAAGAAACAAGAAGAGGAGGCUCAAAAGAAAAAGUGCGAAGAGGAAGCUCUAAAGAAAAAGGAAGAGGCUCUUAAAAAGAAAUGCGAAGAGGAAGCUCAAAAGAAAAAGUGCCAAGAACUUAAGAAAAAGGCUGAAGAGGACGCUCUCAGAAAAAGGUGCGAAAUGAAAAAAAUGCAAGACGCCGCUGAAAAGAAGAAACAAGAAGAGGAGGCUCAAAAGAAAAAGUGCGAAGAGGAAGCUCUAAAGAAAAAGGAAGAGGCUCUUAAAAAGAAAUGCGAAGAGGAAGCUCAAAAGAAAAAGUGCCAAGAACUUAACAAAAAGGCGGAAGAGGACGCUCUCAGGAAAAGGUGCCAAAUGAAAAAAAUUCAAGACGCCGCUGAAAAGAAGAAACAAGAAGAGGAGGCUCAAAAGAAAAAGUGCGAAGAGGAAGCUCUAAAGAAAAAGGAAGAGGCUCUUAAAAAGAAAUGCGAAGAGGAAGCUCAAAAGAAAAAGUGCCAAGAACUUAAGAAAAAGGCGGAAGAGGACGCUCUCAGGAAAAGGUGCCAAAUGAAAAAAAUUCAAGACGCUGCUGAAAAGAAGAAACAAGAAGAGGAGGCUCAAAAGAAAAAGUGCGAAGAGGAAGCUCUAAAGAAAAAGGAAGAGGCUCUUAAAAAGAAAUGCGAAGAGGAAGCUCAAAAGAAAAAGGCGGAAGAGGACGCUCUAAGAAAAAGGUGCGAAAUGAAAAAAAUGGAAGACGCCGCUGAAAAGAAGAAACAAGAAGAGGAGGCUCAAAAGAAAAAGUGCGAAGAGGAAGCUCUAAGAAAAAAGGAAGAGGCUUUUAAAAAGAAAUGCGAAGAGGAAGCUCAAAAGAAAAAGUGCCAAGAACUUAACAAAAAGGCGGAAGAGGACGCUCUCAGGAAAAGGUGCGAAAUGAAAAAAAUGCAAGACGCCGCUGAAAAGAAGAAACAAGAAGAGGAGGCUCAAAAGAAAAAGUGCGAAGAGGAAGCUCUAAAGAAAAAGGAAGAGGCUCUUAAAAAGAAAUGCGAAGAGGAAGCUCAAAAGAAAAAGUGCCAAGAACUUAACAAAAAGGCGGAAGAGGACGCUCUCAGGAAAAGGUGCCAAAUGAAAAAAAUUCAAGACGCCGCUGAAAAGAAGAAACAAGAAGAGGAGGCUCAAAAGAAAAAAUGCGAAGAGGAAGCUCUAAAGAAAAAGGAAGAGGCUCUUAAAAAGAAAUGCGAAGAGGAAGCUCUAAAGAAAAAGGAAGAGGCUCUUAAAAAGAAAUGCGAAGAGGAAGCUCAAAAGAAAAAGUGCCAAGAACUUAAGAAAAAGGCGGAAGAGGACGCUCUCAGAAAAAGGUGCGAACUGAAAAAAAUUCAAGAUGCCGCUGAAAAGAAGAAACAAGAAGAGGAGGCUCAAAAGAAAAAGUGUGAAGAGGAAGCUCUUAAGAAAAAGGAAGAGGCUCUAAAAGAGAAAUGCGAAGAGGAAGCUCUAAAAAAAAAGUGUCAAGAACUUAAGAAAAAAGUGGAAGAGAUGGCUCUCAAGGAAAAGUGCGCAUUGGAAAAAACGGAAGACACCUCUGGAAAGAAAGAUAAAGAUGCUCAAAUUAGAGAGGAAUCAAAGGCUCUAAGAGAAAAAUGCGAACAGGAAGCUUUAGAGCAAAAGUGCCAAGAAUUAAAGAAAAAGCUGGAAGAGAUGGCUUUCAAGGAAGAGUGCGCCAUGAAAAAAACGCAAGACACUGCUAGUAAAAAGCAAAAAGAUGCUCCAAUUAAAAAGGAAUUAGAGGCUAUAAAAGAAAAAUGCGAAGCGGAAGCUUUACAGAAAAAGUGCCAAGAACUCAAGAAAAAAGUGGAAGAGAUGACCCUCAGGAAAAAGUGUGAAUUGAAAAAAAUGCAAGACGCCGCUAAAAAGAUGAAACAGGAGGAGGGUCAAAAGACAGAGUGCGAAGCAGAUGCUCCGAAUACAAAAAAUAAUGAAGCCGAGCCUCUAAACGAGUGCCAGAAUGCGGUUCAGAAGAGCGAGGAAGAGGCUUCAAAGCUAAAUCCUGCUUCGUUUCGCUCAAUUCUUUACAAAACACUAAAGAAACAAGAAUUUCAGCCCGGUAAUAAAGUGUCUGUCAUUGGUGCUGGGGCCGUGGGCAUGGGUUGUGCCAUUGCCUUGCUUGCCAAGGGUGUCACCAAUAACAUAGCUCUCUACGACUUGAAGAAGGACUUGUGUGCUGCGGAGUGCAUGGACCUGGAACAUGGAUCACUUUUCCUUAAUAACUGCAAUAUUGACCACUGCACCAGCGUCGAGUGCACCAAAGAUUCGAGAGUGGUAGUUGUAACAGCUGGAGUACGCUGUAAUCAAAACGAGUCGCGAUUGAAAGUGGCCCAAAAAUCAGCGGGCAUUAUUACAAAGAUUGUUCCUGAGCUGGUUAAGCAAAGCCCCAAAGGAGUCUUCAUCAUUGUAUCAAACCCAGCAGAUGUAAUGGCCUGGGUCGCCCGUAAAGUAUCCAAUCUGCCCUAUGAACGCUGCUUUAGUCCUGGAUGUCACUUGGAUACCGCCCGAUUCCGCAUGUUUAUUGCGCAGCUGGUGCGGGUGUCGACGCGUUCGGUUCAUGGAUUUGUGCUGGGCGAGCAUGGAGAUAGCUCUGUGCCAUUGUGGUCCUCCGUAACCGUGGGAGGUACCCGACUGCAGAAUAUGCUGCCUACUAUUGGCACCGAUAAAGAUCCGAUGCGCUGGUCGAAUGUGCAUGAGAGCGUGGUGGAUUCGGCCUUCAAAGUAAUCGCGGGUAAGGGUUAUACUAAUUGGGCCAUUGGCCUCACCGUUACAGACGUUGUGUCUGCCAUUUUUGAAAACAGCAAUCGCAUCAUGUCAUUGUCAACUAAUGCCCAGGGCAUGUGUGGAAUCGACGAUGAAGUGUUUCUAUCCCUGCCAUGUAUUGUCAACCAGUGUGGACUGUAUGGUGUAAUACAUCCUCAGCUUUCCGGUUGGGAGGAAAGAAGGCUCAAAAGGUCCGCAGACGUAUUGCUGGACGCACAGAAAACAAUUAAACUGUAGCAAAAAACGAACCGGGCCUUCAGUUAAGUUUAAUAUCCUUAAUAAAUAUAUAGUUUGCUUGGUUUUGGCACAGCUUUAUGCUUGCUGCCCAUAAAACCCUUUAAAA